AUGAUCGACCGGACAUCCAGGGGUAUUGGCUCCUUGCCAAACGAGAUCCUCAUCAGCAUCCUGUCUCUGUUCCCGACGCGUACUCUUCUUCCCAUGGCCACCACAUCCCGCCGUAUCCACAAUGUUAUUCUCAGCAUCAUUCAUCGACGACUUCUUGCGGCAGCCUCUGUAGCAGACCGACAACUCAUUCUCGAAUGUUAUCAUCCUUCUGCAAAAUUCAGCACACCUUAUUAUAACUGCGAGUAUCUUGGUACAGAUGCUCUAGACGGAGAAAGCUGUGGCAUCGAGAAGGAGACCUGUAGCGACUUGGGAAGACUAAGGGGCCUUUAUUCCCAUUUCCGGCCAGCACAACCAGAAGGGGAUCGCAAAAUCUGGACCCCACGACCAACUGGUGGCUGGCUCCAAGCUACCCUCGAUCAGGUCACAAGUCAAAAAGAAGGUCUAGUAUGCCAGAACGUUGACCUAGAAUCCUAUGAGCUUUUUUGCCAGCUUCAAUCUGUGGUCAACAUUGUCAAGCCAGGACCAAAUGGAUAUUUCUCCAGUAGCACCAAGAUUAGCGAAGGCUUGAUGAGGGUAUGGAGGGAUUGGCUGGCCGAGAGGUCGCAAUCACCGCUAUCAACAACUUCCACUUCAUCAGAAUCACGAGAAGAGCAGAAAAAGCGACUUUUGUGGUCAUCCGUGAAAGAAGAUAUUGGGCUGCGCUUGCGCGUCGUCGAGAGGACAGACUUGCGACCUCCCCUUUUGCGGGGCAGAGACGAGGAUCCAAAUGUCGGAUAUACAUUGCAAUAUGAAGAGUUGGUAGUGAGAACCUCACAAUUGCUUCUUAAGCUAGAAGCUGCCUUGGAGCGAGAGAGAAGCCAUGAAGGUAAAGCUAUCGUAAUAGUGUCUUAA